UGGUGCUGACUAGCUACUACGCGCUGACUUGCAUCAUCAUCAUCAUCCUCCUCCUCAUCAUCAUCCUCCUCAUUCUCCUCCUCCUCAUCAUCCUCGUGUGUUAGUCCUAACCGGAUCAGCACAUAAGUGCACGCUGUGAGUGCACGCACACUCACACGCACACGCACACGCACACGCUUCAGGCUGGGUGGAUGCUGCUCGGGCACCAUGGAGCAAAAAGCAGCCAAGGAUGAAGGCACGUCCAGGGGACAAGAGUCCUACCAGCGGCGGAUGUGGAAGACUUUCCAGGAGAAAACCAAGCCGUGGCUCAGUCCCAAACUGGGCUCGGAACGUCGCGUUAGUGGCGGAGCAGAGGGCACCAAGAAGGAAUCCGGGCUGUGGAUGUUCAAGAGGAAAAAGAAACACUUGGACCGAGUAUUCUCGUCUUCGCAGCCCAAUCUGCGCUGCUCCUCUCCGCCGCUGUCCCUCGGGACCGGGGACAAGUGCGGCAGACGCGGCGAAGCGGCGGCCGGGACCAGCCUCGGAGCCGAGGGGCGGCAGCAUCUCGGCGGGGCUUCCGCGAGCACGGGGAGCAAGCCCGAGCUGACGGCCCACGGAAGCACGAAGAUCCACGUCUCGCAGCUCGUAGCGUCCCAGCAGAAGAGCUCCUCGCUGGGCUCGGCGUGUUUCGAGAGGCUGGUGGUUGAUCCGGCCGUGGUCCUGGAGGAGAACGACGGGAAGCUGCGGAAGAAGCAAAGUGAUUCUGGCAUCAAUAUAGUGGACCCUUGUAAUGCAGAACCUCCACCUCCUAUUCCAGCCAUGUACCAGCUGGAUAUUGUCUUAAAGAAAGGCAAUAACCUGGCCAUCAGAGAUCGAACAGGAACCAGUGAUCCAUAUGUCAAAUUCAAGAUUGCAGGAAAGGAGGUGUUCAGGAGUAAAACCAUCCAUAAGAACCUCAAUCCAAUGUGGGAUGAAAGAGCAACUCUCCUGGUGGAAAGCCUGAGGGACCCGCUGUACGUCAAGGUUUUUGACUAUGACUUUGGACUCCAGGAUGAUUUUAUGGGAUCAGCGUAUCUCUUCUUGGAGUCACUGGAACAUCAGAGAACACUGGAAGUUACCCUGGACCUAAAGGACCCGCAUUAUCCAGACCAUAAUCUAGGCAGCCUGGAGCUUUCAGUCACUUUAUCACCACGAGAGGGAGACAUGAGAGAUGCAUGUCAGAGUAUGCGGCUGUCAGAUCUACACAGAAAAGCUCAGCUGUGGAGGGGCAUCGUCAGCAUCAGUCUGAUCGAAGGUCGCGGCCUCCAGCCCAUGGAUGCCAAUGGUCGAAGCGACCCUUAUGUCAAAUUUAGGAUGGGCCACCAAAAGUACAAGAGCAAGACAAUUCCCAAAACAUUGAAUCCUCAAUGGAGAGAACAGUUUGACUUUCACAUGUAUGAGGAGCAAGGAGGCUACGUGGACAUUACAGUCUGGGACAAAGAUGCUGGCAAGAAAGAUGACUUCAUGGGAAGGUGUACAAUCGACCUCUCCCUCCUUAGUAAAGAACACACACACAAGCUGGAGUUGCCACUCGAGGAAGGUCAAGGCGUGUUGGUGAUGCUAGUGACGCUCACAGCCUCUGCUGCUGUCUCCAUCUCAGACCUGUCAGUCAACGUGCUGGACGACCCGCAUGAGAGGCACCAGAUCAAGCAAAGAUAUAGCUUGUGGAGGUCAUUGCACAACCUGAAAGACGUUGGGGUGGUGCAGGUAAAAGUCAUCCGGGCUGAGGGACUGAUGGCAGCAGAUGUCACAGGUAAGAGUGACCCUUUUUGUAUAGUGGAGCUGAGUAACGAUCGGCUGCAGACUCACACCGUUUACAAAAACCUUAACCCAGAGUGGAACAAGGUCUUCACUUUUAACGUGAAGGACAUUCACUCAGUACUUGAGGUCACCGUUUACGACGAGGACCGAGACAGAAGCGCAGACUUCCUGGGGAAAGUGGCCAUUCCUUUACUAAAUAUCCAAAAUGGAGAACGCAAAGCCUACGCCUUGAAAAGCAAGGAGCUGACAGGGCCAACAAAGGGGGUCAUCUUUCUUGAAAUAGACGUGAUUUUUAAUGCUGUGAAGGCUGGUCUCAGGACGCUGAUCCCCAUUGAGCAGAAGUACAUAGAGGAGGAGCCCAGAGUGUCCAAACAGCUGCUGUUGCGCAACUUCAACAGAGUGAGGCGCUGCAUCAUGUUCCUUAUCAACACUGGUUAUUACAUCAAUAGUUGCUUCGAAUGGGACUCUCCACAGAGGAGCAUCUGUGCAUUUGUGCUCUUUGUCGUACUUGUCUGGAACUUCGAACUCUAUAUGAUUCCGCUGGCUUUGUUGCUGCCCCUGGCCUGGAACUACAUUCUCAUCACGUCGGGCAAGGAUACAAGACAAGAUGUGGAUCACCCUACACACAAGUACCAUCCCACCUCUGUUUCCAAGCAAGCAAUGGAGGAUCUGAUGGAGGAUGAGGAUGAGGAUUUUGACAAAGAUGACAGGGACUCUGAGAGAAAGGGCUUCAUGAACAAGCUUUAUGCCAUUCAGGACGUGUGUAUCAGUGUGCAGAAUGCGCUGGAUGAAGUGGCCUCCUAUGGCGAGAGGAUAAAGAACACUUUUAACUGGACUGUGCCUUUCCUAAGCUGGCUGGCCAUUGUCGCUCUUGGAAUGGCGACCGUCAUUGUUUACUUCAUCCCACUAAGAUACAUCGUGCUAGCCUGGGGAGUGAAUAAAUUCACCAAGAAGCUACGAGACCCUUACACCAUUGAUAACAACGAGAUCUUAGAUUUUUUGUCCAGAGUGCCCUCAGAUGUCCAAGUGGUGCAGUACCGAGAACUCAAACUAGAUCCCAAUCCCAGUCCAAAUAAAAGGAAGAAAAACAACCCCGGGUAGAAGUCUUCCCUGGUCGACUUCCUGUGUGCUGCUCCAUUACUGGACUGUGAGGAGCAGAGGCAGCCGGUCGGGAACCAACGUAGCCCAGCUACAACUUCCUGCUCAGCUACAACUUCCUCACCCCCGCACCUCGUCCUUUCUGUCUGGUAUCCAUUACAAGCUCUUGAAGAUUAAUUUUUGGAAAAAGAAAUGGGAUCAUUCGUAUCCCCCUUUUUCUGCUCAUUAAUUUUAAAAGAGGGGGGAAAAGACGGAUGUCACACUAAACUACAUUACGCUUUCUCAUUUCUCACUUUGUUUCGCGCCAAAACCUAUUUAUCAGAAAACAAGCCUCACUAAUACUGUAAUUUUCAUUGUUUUAAGUUAUUGCGUUGUUAAAAAGGCACUGAGACACCUCAUGUUGUCUUCCUCUCCCACUAAUGACGCCACAUUCAAUGGCAACCAUUUGGAUUGAACUAUACCGAACUCCCAUCAAACACACACGGAAUAUAUAUUUUUUUAAAGGCAGUUUGGCUUCAACACACAAUAAUUUCUCACUUGUUUCUGGGAUUUUUUUUUUACUUUUAUUUGUGACUGAUUACUGAUGUUUGGACCCGAGAGAGGGUCCUCGCUCACAAUCUUUGAUGGUGCUCAUCCCGUACAGAUUGAGCUCAAGUUCUUCCACACCAAAUUCAUCCAAGCAUGCCUUUAUGGACCUUGCGUUGCGCACUGAGGAGCAGAAAAAGGGCAAUCCCCAAACUCCUCCCACAAAAAUCAUCAUCCAAUCAUUCAGUUGUCCAAAACAGCUCAGUAAGAUGAAUAAUUAAGAUUCAAGGAUUGUAACCAUUGCCCAACCAGCAAUUGAUUAAUUCAUUAAUUAAGAGGUUGGUGACAACACUUUUUUUUUCUUUUUGCAUAUGUGUAUGCUACUAAUCCUUUCUCCUGCGGAACCUCCGCAGUCAAACACAAUUCAUUCCAUGACGCUGGUUGACUCCAAAAUGUUUCCCCUUGGCAAUAAUUAAAGUGAAUUAAUUCCAGACUAAAACUGUCACAAUCAUAAAACCUUCAACUAUAUGGCAAUGUUUUAAGUACAACUUAAGAUUUUUAAGCAUUUUAGAAAUUCCUCUGUGAAUAGCGGGGGUCCAUGCACGCACAAAACACACAAAGUGGGAGUUAGAAGCUCCACACAACACACGCUGACCUUUCUGAUGGCACAAGCUUCGAGAUCACACGUGAACUAAGUGUGCAGCUACUUGUUCACGCGUGAUAACGUAACGUCCCAUUUGAGCAGGUGCUUACUCUCAGAACUCGCACACAACACACACACAGCGCAGACACGCCGUGCGUGAUGCUGCGCCCCAGGCCGCCCACUCCAUCCACCCCACCUCAAACUUUGUUGUGCGAGGCGUUUUUGCUUGCAGUAGUUUUGCGUGUUUACAGAAUAAAACAUAAGUUGGCUUCUUUUCACUCUUGUUGUGUUACUACUUGAUGUCCCCUGCAGCUGUGUAUACUGAUGCGUAGCUUCUGUUCCUCUCAUCCCGACUCCAUCAUACAUUCUCCUGCGUUUUCCCUCACUGUGGUGUGCGUGAGCGCCCUCGUAUGAAGGGAUGUUGCCAGUUGCGCCUCGGUGGGAAUAUAGUAGCUCACGUUACUUGGAAGGAGAGAUCCCUGCUAGUUUCCGUGAUGAGCAUGAAAUUUGGUGGACGUGUACCAUAACAGGACACACAAUAUAAGUCUUAAGAACUCAUCCAUGAAGUUGAACAGGAAGUCACCCAUUUUAUUUUGAAGCAGUCAUUUCUAGCGAAUUCCAGGGCUUGCGUAUGUAGCGUGUCUUGUUCUGACCGAUGCGUUCCGUGAGGCGUUCCUGUUGUGCAAUUUUGUAAUAUGGAAGUGCAUUCAGUGUUCCAGCGCAUAAAGUGAGGUUCAUUUAGUUAUGCUUGAUGAGUGUGUGGAAGAACUUGCGAUUCCUGAUUUAAGCUCGAAAAGAGUGAGCCAGAAGAGAGCCUUGGUGGGGGAAUCCCACAGACACACUGUCGAAAUCUUGUCAAAAGAUUGUAGAAGCUGGUACAGCUGCGAUGCCAUAUUUCAUCUAUUUUGACUUCCUGUAUGUGUACUGGUGUUCCAACACUGUUGGUGUGCCCAGCAAUUUCUGGAUUUAUUUGACAACACUUUUUCGGCAACAUUUGUAAGCCAACCAAAGUGUUUAAUGUCUUGUCUGCAUUGCAAAGCUAUAAACAGGGGUGUCCAAACGAGAGCCCGGGAGCCAUUUGCAGCCCGCUGCUUAUAAUAAUAUUCACAAAAGACCCAUGUUGUUUGCCUGCUGCUACUUACUUUAUACACUCGAAUAAGAUAUUCAUUAUCAUGUCUCACAUCCUUGUUUUCCACCAACCACACAUCAAAUAAAGAAGGUGAAGAAUGUCAAAGUGGCCCUUGCGUCCUUCCAUUUUUCUGUCUUUGGCCAUUGGAAGAAAAGGUUUGGACACCCCUGCUACAAAUGAAUGUAUCAUCAGACUGUAAAGAAGAAAGAAAACAACAACUCUUAUUUGCACCCACUUGAAAUGAGACUAUUUAUUUUUUAACUCUACAUGUACAUAGCUAAGUCCUUAUUGAAUGAUGGUUGUAUUUUAUACAGUAUGCUUGUUGAUGGUCUGCUAUUGACACUGUAAAGUACCUGUAUGCCUGCCUCCUUUUCUAAGGUGUCUUUUUCUUGUGUGUCUGCCUGCAAUGUUUGUGCCUGCCUGCGACAUCACUGUCAUGUGUUCAACCUGUGGCAACGUGUGACCGCAGAAAGACUGCAGGAGCUCAGGUGGGCUGGCUCACUUCAACAAAUCAACUCUUGUCUCGCGCAAAUGAAACACAUCUGAUGGAUGUCCAAGAAGAGAAACAUGACAAUAAAUGUGUUUUUAUCUUUACUAGUCUGAAAUAUGCCAAUGUGUUCUUUAUAGGUGUCUGGCAUAGAAACUGUGACCAGACUCGAAAGCAACAUUAAAGACAUCUU